CUGCAGUCACUGAACUUAACCCUCUCCAUAUCUCUGGACUCUUCAUUCCCAAUAGGUUUUUCUUUACUACUUCUCACACCAUUCCAGCGCCCUUUUUCUUUUUCUUCCACUCCUUCCCAACUCUCUCAACCGUUUCCUCUUUAAUACAUCUCUCUCUCUCUGUUUUUAGGGUUAGGGUUUCUAAUGGCGGCACCCACAGUCUCUCUUCCCAGAUCUUCCAAAACAGAAUCCUAUGUUGACAACAAGCGCAAGGAAGACAUCCGCCACGCUAACAUCGUGGCCGCUAGAGCAGUAGCCGACGCUGUUCGCACCAGCCUCGGCCCUAGAGGAAUGGACAAGAUGAUUUCCACUGCCAGCGGUGAGGUUAUCAUCACCAAUGACGGUGCUACAAUUCUUAACAAAAUGGAGGUCCUUCAGCCUGCUGCUAAAAUGCUCGUUGAGCUCUCCAAAUCGCAGGACGCUGCGGCUGGGGAUGGUACCACUACUGUUGUUGUCAUUGCUGGUGCGCUUUUGAAACAAUGCUUGUCUCUUUUAUCUAGUGGUAUCCACCCCACGGUAAUCUCUGAUUCUCUCCACAAAGCUUCUAUUAAAGCUGUUGAUGUGUUGACUGCUAUGGCUGUACCUGUUGAAUUAUCUGAUCGUGACUCCUUAAUUAAAUCUGCUAGCACUUCUUUAAAUAGUAAAGUAGUGAGUCAGUAUUCUACCCUUCUCGCUCCAUUGGCUGUGGAUGCAGUUCUUUCUGUUGUUGAUCCUGCUAAGCCUGAUUUGGUUGAUCUUAGGGAUAUUAAGAUUGUGAAGAAGCUAGGUGGAACUGUUGAUGACACUGAAAUGGUUAGAGGUUUGGUUUUUGAUAAGAAAGUUAGUCAUACGGCUGGUGGGCCUACAAGAGUUGAGAAUGCAAAGAUUGCUGUGAUUCAGUUCCAGAUUUCACCUCCUAAGACUGAUAUAGAGCAGAGCAUUGUGGUUUCUGAUUAUACCCAGAUGGAUAGAAUUUUGAAGGAAGAGAGAAAUUACAUCUUGGGUAUGAUUAAGAAGAUUAAGGCAACUGGAUGCAAUGUCUUAUUGAUUCAAAAGAGCAUUUUGAGAGAUGCAGUGACUGAUUUGUCUCUCCAUUAUUUGGCAAAAGCUAAAAUUUUGGUCGUUAAGGAUGUGGAGAGAGAUGAGAUUGAGUUCAUUACUAAGACUCUGAAUUGCUUACCCAUUGCAAAUAUUGAACAUUUUAAAGAGGAGAAGCUGGGAUAUGCAGACCUUGUUGAGGAGAUUUCACUUGGAGAUGGCAAGAUUGUUAAGAUUACUGGGAUUAAGAAUAUGGGAAGGACCACAACGGUGCUUGUGCGUGGUUCGAAUCAAUUGGUUCUUGAUGAGGCUGAGCGAAGCUUGCAUGAUGCAUUGUGUGUGGUUAGGUGUCUUGUGAACAAGCGAUUUUUAAUUGCUGGAGGAGGGGCUCCAGAGAUUGAGCUCUCAAGGCAGCUUGGAGCUUGGGCAAAGGUGCUACAUGGUAUGGAAGGAUACUGUGUGAGGUCCUUUGCAGAGGCACUUGAAGUGAUUCCAUAUACUUUGGCCGAGAAUGCAGGCUUGAACCCAAUUGCUAUUGUAACUGAGCUGAGGAAUAGGCAUGCUCAAGGUGAGAUCAAUGCUGGCAUCAAUGUCAGGAAGGGACAAAUUACAAAUAUCCUGGAGGAGAAUGUGGUGCAGCCUUUGCUUGUGAGCACAAGUGCAAUAACUCUGGCUACUGAGUGUGUCCGGAUGAUUUUGAAGAUUGAUGACAUUGUUACUGUCAGGUAAUUUCAAUUGGAGAUGAAAUAUGUUUGGUUAGGUAAGCUUUGUGCUGUCAUAACUGGAAUGAAUAGUUUUAGCCUUUUAGUAUUGGCUUAUCGCUGAAGAAUUUUAGACUUGUGAGGUGCCCUUAUUGCUAAACGUUUGGUUUGUAUUUGAAUUUUAUGCCAUUUUUGUUUGGAGGUAUUCUAGGUUCUUUCCUUUCUAUUAUAUUCUAUCAUCUUAGAGAUGGCAUUCUCGAUUUAUAACUCAUUGUGUUCUUGUGUCAUCUGCUGUCUUGUUAAAAGACAAUUUGGAACUAUUUUAGUGUUCUGUAUCCACUUAAAGAUAGUUCUUUGAGUAGCUCUGCGAAUUAUACCAGUGCAAAUUAUGCUUUUAAUGAGGAAAUGCUUUAUAUAUUUACUUAUUUA